UUACCUGUAGUCAUGUGAUUUCUAGGAAACAAAGGAGGAGCAGCUCUGAGUGAGUCAAGGACAGAAUGAGGAAAUGAAGAGUUCAGGCUCCAUUUUCCAGUCGACAGAGGAGGACAACAAGACUGAAGUCCUCAAGAUGAGUGUUUAUGAGGAGGAGGAGUUUCCAGCCUCCAGCUGUCUGUCCAUGAAGAGUGACUGGUCCAAAGGAGAUCCUCCAGACUUCAGUAAUGAACCUGAACCCUCAGACACAAACAGACAGAGAGAAGAAUCUGCAGCCUCCAGCUGUCUGUCCAUGAAGAGUGACUGGUCCAAAGGAGAACCUGAAAACUUCAGUAAAGAACCUGAACCCUCAGACACAAAAGUGAUGAAGAGGAGGAGAGUUUGUGUGGAGGAGCAGCCGUCCUGCUGUGCUCGGUGUCAGGACGUCCUGAAGGAUCCGGUCUCUAGCAGCUGUGGACACUGGUUCUGCAGACAGUGCAUCAGCUCAUACUGGGACCAGUCUGCUCCAUCAGGACACUCCUCCUGUCCCCAGUGUGGAAAAAGAUCCAGAACCAGAGGUGGACUGCAGACAGCCAGUCAGAGCAGCUGUGGACAAAGUGUUGGUCUGCAGGAGGUUCUGCAGGAACAUAAGAUGAGUCUGAGGAGGAGAUGUGAACAUGUGACUGAAGGAAGUGAUGAAACAGGAGGUGGAACCCUCCUGAACAGGAUCUACACUGAGCUCUACAUCACAGAGGGACACAGUGGAGAGGCUGAUGUCCAACAUGAGGUGAAGCAGCUGGAGACAGAUUCCAAGAAGAGCCUCCAUGACACUCCCAUCAGGUGCCAGGACAUCUUCAAAGCCUUACCUGAGCAGCAGAGAGCCAUCAGAGUGGUCCUGACCAACGGCGUGGCUGGCAUCGGAAAAACCUUCUCAGUGCGGAAGUUCACUCUGGACUGGGCAGAGGGCGGAGAAAACCAAGACGUCAGUGUGGUGGUGGUGCUUCCGUUCAGGGAGCUGAACUUGAUCAGAGAUGAGCAGCACAGUCUUCUCACGCUGCUCCAUGUUUUCCAUCCAACGUUACAGAAGGUGACGGCAGAGCAGCUGGCUGUCUGUAAACUUUUGUUCAUCUUUGACGGUCUGGAUGAAAGCAGACUUUCACUGGAUUUCUCCAACAGGGAGGUUGUGUCUGACGUCAGCCAGAAGUCGUCGCUGGACGUUCUGCUGGUGAACCUCAUGGAGGGGAAUCUGCUUCCCUCGGCUCUGGUCUGGAUCACUUCCCGCCCUGCGGCAGCCAAUCAGAUCCCUCCUAAACACGUGGACAGGUUAACAGAAGUACGAGGCUUCACCGACGGCCAGAGGGAGGAGUACUUCAGGAGGAGGUUCAGUGAUGAAGAGCGCUCCAGCACAAUCAUCUCCCACAUGAAGACAUCCAGGAACCUCCACAUCAUGUGUCGACUCCCAGUGUUCUGCUGGAUCACUGCUACAGUUCUGGAGCACAUGUUGAGCACAGAGCAGAGAGGAGAGCUGCCCAAGACCAUGACUGACAUGUUCUCACACUUCCUGCUGGUUCAGACACAGAGGAAGAAGAACAAGUACCAUGAGGGACCUGAGACGAGUCCACAGGAGCUGACGAAGGCUGACAUGGAAGUUCUUGUGAAACUGGGGAGGCUGGCCUUUGAACAUCUGGAGAAAGGAAACAUCAUGUUCUACCAAGAAGACCUGGAGCAGUGUGGUCUGGAUGUGACAGAGGCCUCGGUGUUCUCAGGAGUUUGUACCCAGAUCUUCAGAAGAGAGUGUGUGAUGUUCCAGAAAGCAGUCUACUGCUUUGUUCAUCUGAGCAUUCAGGAGUUUCUGGCUGCAGUCUACAUGUUCCACUGUUACACCAACAGGAACCCUGAGGUGCUGGAGAAGUUCCUGGGAGAGACUGGAAAGACAAGAAGAGACACACUCUGA